AUGAUCCCCGCACGAGCUCUCCCUCUGGGGAAAUCCUUCCAGACUGCCUCUCGCGCGCAACGACUUUUCUCGACUUCGCUGAGACGAAACACUACCUGGGGUUUUAUCGGACUUGGUCGAAUGGGCUACCCCAUGGCAAAGACUCUACGCGCCAGGAUCCCUCCAUCAGAUACCCUGAUCGUGCACGAUGUCAAUGAACAAGCUAUGCGCCAAUUCGUCGCUGAGGCCAAGACGGCCAGCACUGGUCCUGUUGAGUUUACUGACAGCGCCAGGACAUUGGCCGAGAAAUCCACAAAUGUCAUUACCAGUCUCCCCCAACCAGUUCAUGUGAGGCAGGUUUUCCACUCCAUCCUCAAGCCAGGUCCUCUCCCCCAGCUUGAACAAGAACGCCUCUUCAUCGACUGCUCCACCAUCGACCCCGUCACCUCCAAAGAAAUCGCAUAUGCCGUCCAAGCACCCAACCAAGGCCGCUUCGUCGAUGCGCCCAUGUCCGGCGGCGUCGUUGCCGCGGAAGCAGGGACAUUAUCAUUCAUGUUCGGCGCUUCAUCCAAGACCGGCGCUUUAGUAGACCGCGUCAAGUCCGUUCUGUCGCUCAUGGGCAAGAAUGCCUGGCAUCUGGGUGAGCAAGGGACGGGCGUAAGCGGCAAGUUGGCUAAUAACUACAUUCUUGCGAUUAACAAUAUUGCCGUUGCUGAAGCGAUGAAUCUCGGUAUUCGAUGGGGUCUGGACCCUAAGGUGUUGGCUGAUAUGAUUAAUUCCUCGACCGGUCGCUGCUGGCCUAGUGAAGUCAACAACCCUGUGCCCGGGGUUGUUGAGAAGUCCCCCGCUAGCCGUGAUUACGAAGGCGGAUUUAGUAUAGGAUUGAUGCGCAAGGAUCUCAAACUUGCGAUUGAUGCUGCACAAGAGUCGGGCGCACCGUUGGAGUUAGCUGACAAGGCACGCCGUCUAUACGAGGCUGUUGAAGAUAUACACCCUGGAAAGGACUUUUCAGUUGUUUACAAGUACUUGAGCAAUAGUUCUCGUCGGUGA